AAGUGCAUUAUUGACACGUGUAGUUGUAUAUCGUGUUUGCGCAAAUUGCGUCUCGUAAUCGCCGAGGAAUCCCAGACACGAGCUGGCGGGCAGCAGCAGUCGCCAGGCAGCGAUGAGCCGGCGCUACCAACAAUUGCCCAAGCUCCGCGGGCCUCUACGUAUAUUAAGCUGUUUUCAUUCACUUGUCGGGGGGUUGCUGUGCGCGUGGGAGCACCCCUGGAGCCUUUCGCCGAUAAUCCUGACGACUCCCAAGCCGGUCUGGCAGCGUGAGCGAGAACGUGUUCCCUGGGUACGCGACGUAUUAGUGAGAAAUAAUGAUGCAUUCGCUGUGAUGUUGGGGCUUGAACAAAAUAAGGAAGGGGGGGUGUGAGGUCGGGGUUGAGGGGGCAGAAGCAGCAAUUGGACGACGGAACGGGGCCUCUCCGCCGCCUCUGACGAUGCUGCGUAAUGCAGCUGAUUAAUUCAUGAGCGUUGAUGCCCCGAGCCAUCAAAUCGCGUGGCCGCGUCGCCCCCCCCCCCCCCCCCCCCCAAACACAAAUGGCAGCGUGUCUCAAUCGAGCAUGCAUCACCUGCUUCGUCACCACCACUAUCACCACCAUCACCACCAUCACCACCACCCGCACUUUACCAACGCUGAAGGGCCUCGUGGGGCCAGCCUCACUCCCAUUACGUCAUGGCAGCUCCCCUUCUCUCUCUCUCUCCCUCUCGCUCGCUCGCUCUCUACCUCAGACACGCUCACGAUCGGCGCGACCGGGAAAUCUGCGGGGUGCACGGCGCCCAGGGGCAGGGGGAGAGUGACGGAGGCAGAAAGGGAGAGAGAGCGAGAGCGGAGAUAGACACACCCGCAGCCUCAUUCACUUCAUUCCCACGAAAUAAAAUAAUAUUAAGCGCCUCCCCGCGUCUCCCCCGCCUCCUGCUUACCCGGCUGCAUCCCCACGCCUCCCCGCCCAACGCAGUCACGGCGCCCACGAGAACUGCUCCCUUCUGCCUUCUCUCCGCUCUUCCUUCUCUCCCUGCUCCCGCUCUCUGCCGCCCCGCGUCUUCUACGCCAUGCGCCAGCUGCUGUAGGUAGGGGCGCGUCACCUCGGAAAGAUGGGGCGCGCGCGCUGCGCUCUAUCGCGCAGGCAUGGCCCCGUCGGGGAAACGUGGAAUGGGCGCGAAUGCGACGAGAACCUGUAGCCCUGAUAUAAGAAGAGGAAGCAGGAGGAGGAGGUUUGGAUGUCGCUCUGUGACACGGGAUGCUGAUCCCGCAUUAGCGCCUCCUCUGUCGGGCGAGGUUCUCAGAUCUCGCGCGGCUGCUCACUUGCGCUGUCCCGGGUGCUGCUCCCCUGGGAGCCGCUGGGCGCCGCUUGGAGCUCCUGACAGUCGCCGGGGAGCCGCUGUGCGGGGAGGCGCGCGGGAGGUGGUGCCGCCAUGGGGAGCGCCAGCAGCGCCGAGGUGACCGCGAGCGGCAGCGGCAGCCCCGACACGCGCAGCCUGCACGGGACGCCGCCGCGACGCCUGCCCGUGCCCAGCCCCGAGGAUCUGGAGGCGCGGUUCUCCGCGGUGCUGAGCUCCAUGAACCUGCCUCCCGACAAAGCCAAGGCUCUGCAUCAGUACGAGGACGAGAAGAAGUGGGAGCUGGUCUGCGACCAGGAGCGAUUCCAGGUGAAGUCCGCCCCCCACGCGUGCCUCGCGCAGCUCAAAGUGCACCUCAACGCGGGUCUCGCGCGCAAGUUCAAGAGGCGCGUGCAGGAGUCCACGCUGGUCUUGCGCGAGAUCGAGAUCUCCCUGCGGACCAACCACAUCGGGUGGCUGCACGAGUUCCUGAACGAAGAGAACCGGGGACUCGAUGUGCUCGUGGACUACCUCCACUACGCGCAGUGCUCGGGCACCUAUGACACGGAGGGUCCAGACACGUGGGAUAGCGCCAGCUCCCUGGAGAGGCCGAGGGCUGGAGGCGGCUCCAGCGCGGAAGCGGAGAGUGGAGCGGCGAACGCGGCCAGGCAGCUCACGCUCAGGCACGCCUCCAUGAGCAGGCGGAGAACAUCGCGCGCAAGGGCGCUGACCCCCGUGAGCCAAGACGACGUCCACGUGUGCAUCAUGUGCCUGCGGGCCAUUAUGAACUACCAGUACGGAUUCAACAUGGUGAUGGAGCACGCGAGCUGCGUGAACGAGGUGGCGCUGAGUCUCAACAACAGGAACCCCCGGACCAAGGCUCUGGUGCUGGAGCUGCUCGCCGCCGUCUGUCUGGUCAUGGGGGGCCACGAUAAGAUCCUCGCUGCCUUUGACAACUUCAAAGAGGUGUGCGCGGAGAGGUAUCGAUUUGAGAAGCUCAUGGAGUACUUCAGGAUCGACGACACCAAGGUGGACUUCAUGGUGGCGUGCAUGCAGUUCAUCAACAUCGUGGUGCACUCCGUGGAGGACAUGAACUUCCGCGUGCACCUGCAGUACGAGUUCACGCACCUGGGGCUGGACGGUUACCUGGAGAGGUUGAAGAACACGGAGAGCGAGCGGCUCCAGGUGCAGAUCCAGGCGUACCUGGACAACGUGUUCGACGUGGGCUCCCUGCUGGAGGACGCCGACACCAAGACGGCCGCGCUGGAGCGCGUGGGCGAGCUGGAGGAGCAGCUGGCCAUUGCCCGCGGGAGACUGCGGGACACGGAGGACGAGGCCCUGGCGCGGAUCGCGGAUUUGGAGCAGCAGCUCUGCAGGGCCAACGAGCAGCUGGUGGCUGGCAAGGAGCUGAACCGGGAGACGAGCUGCCGCGUCGUGCAGCUGGAGCAGCGGCUCAAAGAGAGCGAGGCGGCUCCUGGGCCCCCCGCUGUGGGGACGAAGGGGGCUCCCGACUGCGGGCCUGCAUCUGCGGCCCAGGGCCCAAGGCCACCAGCGUCCACAGCGUCCACCGCGCCCCCACCCAAGGACGAGCCCCGUGCAGGAGUCGCCGCCCCGGCAGACAGAGCCCGGACACCUCCGCCAGGGGGCGCCGCGGCUCCGCCUGAGCCGUCGGCUCUCGACUCGCGGGAGUCGCGGCCCCUUCCUGCCCACGAGCAGCCCGCGGGCGAGCCGCCGACGGAGCCCCCGGCAGGACCCCCACCGCCCCCGCCGCUACCGCCUCCUCCUCCUCCUCCUCCUCCGCCACCCGGAGCACCGCCACCGCCGGGGACGCCGACGGAAGCGAGAGCGCUCCGCGUCAAGAAGGCCGUGGUGCCGCGCUUCCGCAUGCCGGCCUUCAACUGGGCCGCGCUGCAGCCGGCGCAGAUCCACGGCACAGUCUUCCACGAGCUGGAUGAUGAGCGGGUCCUGCAGGAGCUGAACAUGAGCGAGUUUGAGGAUCUGUUCAAGACGCGUGCCCAGGGCGGCCCCACGCGGUCGCCGUGCCGCGCCGCCGCGCCGCGCUCCCCAAGCCGCCGUCUCGUCGUCAUGGACUCGCACCGCGCCAAGAACCUCGCCAUCACGCUGCGCCGCGCGGGCCUCCCCGACGGAGACAUCGUCACCUGCAUAGAGAAACUGCACGUGGGUCGCCUGCCGCUGGACUUCGUGGAGAGCCUGACUCGCCUGGUGCCCACGGAGGUGGAGGGCCGCCGCCUGCGCCAGUACGAGCACGAGGGGCGGCCCCUCGGGGCGCUGCCGCCCGAAGAGCGCUUCAUGCUGCGCCUGAGCGCCGUGGCGCGCCUCCCGCAGCGCCUCGCCGCGCUCGCCUUCAUGGGCAACUUCUCCGACAGCGCAUCGCGUCUUCUGCCGCAACUCAACGCAGUCAUCGCGGCGUCGCUGUCCCUGAAGUCGUCGCAGAAGCUCAAGAAGAUACUCGAGAUCGUCCUGGCCUUUGGGAACUACAUGAACGGCAGCCGGAGGGGAGCCGCAUACGGAUUCAAGCUCAACAGCCUCGACCUGCUGCUGGACACCAAGUCCACGGACCGCUCCCGCACGCUGCUGCAGUACCUGACGCGCGUGGUGCGCGAGCGCUACCCUGAGCUCAGCGCCUUCCACGCAGAGCUCCAGUACCUGGACAAGGCGGCCUCAGUGUCGCUGGACAGCGUGCUGCUGGACGUGAAGGAGCUGGAGGACGGCAUGGAGGCGACGCGCGGGGAGCAGGAGGCCGCGGGGGGACAUGCGAUCAUCCGCGACUUCCUCGCGCAGAACUCGGAGACGCUGCGUCGGCUCCGGAGAGACGCGCACGCCGCACAGGAGGCGUACUCCGCCGUGGUUGAGUACUACGGCGAGGAGCCCAAGAGCACGCCGCCCUCCGUCUUCUUCCCGCUCUUCGUGCGCUUCGUGUGCGCGUACAAGCAAGCGGACGUGGAGGACCAGGCGCGCGACAAGCAAGACCAGAGCUCCGGGGAGACGCGCGGGGCCGGGAGGGGCACACGCGGCACCGACGACGGCGGCGGCGCGCCCGGCACGGGCGCUGCGCAUGGAAACGCGGUGCCCAAGCGCGCGGAGCUCGAACUCAUUGCCGAGCUCAAGAGGAGGCAGCUGGCGAAGGAGCGCGUCGUUUACGAGGGCAAAGACGGCGCCAUCGAGGACAUCAUCACAGUGCUCAAGGCUGUCCCGUUUGCUGCUCGCACUGCCAAGCGCUCCUCGCGUCUGCUCUGCGAUCUUCCGCUGCCCGAAGACCUCCUGGCGCCCAGCCUCGUACGCGCACGCGGCCGCUCCGCGCUCCUCUUAGCGCCGGACGCGACCCAACGCAACCCCGCAGCCUCCCGUUGACACGGCAGGGCCGUGAGCGCGUGCCCCGCGGCCUGCGGAGGCCUUCUUCCAGCAGUGGAGCGGUCGUGGUUGAUGCACAUGAGCUCUUGUCUGUAGAUAAGUGGCUCUGCUGGUGGGAAACGGGGGGUGAGGGGAAUGGGCGCGGGGCAGAUUACGGGCGGACUUUGCCGAAUGCCCAGCAAUGUCCGUGGUUGUUCAUACCGAUUGCUGCACAGGACAGUAUUCGUUAUCUGUUUUAAUAAUAGUAAUGCCGUCUAUGCAGGGAAGCCUCGCUGAGUCUAAAUACUCGUUUUUAGGAGGGUCCUGCGUUUCAGACGUUUGGCCAAUCCCAUUAACGAGGGGCGCCACGGUGGCUAGGAGAUGUUAACUACCUCGCCUGGUAUACAGGGGGUCGUGAGUUCGAUCCCGACCCUGACGCGAUGCCUGUACAUCUUGAGUUUGCAUGAUCUCCCCGGGAUCGCCUGCAUUUUUCUCCUGGUCCUCCGGUUUUCCCCUCCACGUUUAGAUUCAACGUGCAUUCAGAGUAAUUACCAGCUAUAGAUUUCCACGUGACACUUCGUUGAGCUAUCAAUUUGUGGCGAGGGUCGUCUUCUGAAAAAGAGCUGUACACUGUAUAGCUCAAUGGGCCUUACCUGUUAAAAAAAAAGUUUAAUUCUAAUGCAAUAAGAACCACGACCGCUGUGCAAUUUGAUUCGUAGCUCGGAUCUCAGUGGUGCUGGCUCCGUGCUCGAGUCCUUGAGCCACCUUCCAGUCGAGCUCUGUGCAGUCUCGCCGUGCUCGCGCGAAUUCGGCAGGCGUGCUGACGACGUGCGCAUCGUGCUCGCGUGUCCCCGCAGACCUGAGGAGCCAGCCCUACCUCCGCGCCGACGCCGUGCGCAGGAGUUGGCGCAGGAGGGACGAGGAUGGCGGUGGCGGCGCUGGUGGUGCCCGGGUGGCGUUGAGCACCGAGGUGGUCGUCUGAGCCGCUGCCCGUCGGGACGCGCCGCCGGCUCCGCCUGCUUCACGCGGAGUUUGGCAGAGCGCGCGUCGCCCGCGCAAUGUGCCGGACGGGCCCCGCCGACAAAGCGCCCUCCGGACGCGUUGCUGAUCUCACCCGUUCCUUCGUUCGUUCGUUCGUUCGUUCCCCGCAUCAGCAGCGCGCGUUUCUUUGCACUGGGGACGGCCGUUGAUCUUUUAUGUUAAAAAUAUAAAAAAAUGUAUAGCACGCGGCUGGGCACGCCACAUUCUAGAUUUCCCGCGGGCGUGGAAAGCUCCGUUCGGCUCGACUCUGCUCGGCUCGCGGCGGCGGCAGCGGCAGCGGCCGUGCACGGAGUGUGCGGCGAGUUGGGAUUUGAGAGCGCGACGCGAGAGCGAAGAAGGAGAACGGCAGAGUCAACGGUGGGGGUGGGGGGUGACAAGUCCGGCUCCACGCGGGUGUCGUGACGGUGGCGGCUGCUUCCCAUCGCAGCGCGCGCUGCCCUGUAACGCACUUUUUUUAACGCACGUAGGUGAAACUGUUAAUCUCUCCAAAGAUUCUAUAGACACUUGAACUGUUUAUUUAUACUUAAAGUAUAAUAUUUAAUAUAUACGGCACAUGUCAAGAAUACGAAAUGUCAGAGGUGCGUUCAUGCAUGCCGCCCAGUUAGGACACUCGUCGAAUUACGCUCCGGGAACGCCGCGCGUGCGCUGUGUGUCCUGAGAGAGGGGGGGGUGGGGAGCACGGGGGCUGGAGAGAGGGGGGGGGGGGCUGUGGGUGCUGGUGCGGUGAGAAGCACGGGGAAGUCACGGGGUCGCUCGCUCUACCCGCGCCGCAUGAUGGAGAGGCGUGGGUCCGAAUGAGACACGGGCGGGACGCGGGGGACCACGAGGACACGGGAACGACGCCGAGACGGAGACGCGAGCUGACAGGGGCUCGCUCCCCCGUGGCUCCCUGCUGCGAGAGGAGGCGGCGGCGGUGGCAGCGCGCGGCUUCGAUUCGAGCCGCGUGCCCCUGUCUCGAGUGAGAACCUGCGCAGGUGGAAUGGAACAGAAACUGGAUUGGGCUGGCAGCGGCUUCAUUAUCAACGCGCACUCGCGCAGCGGCCCAUGGAUUCACGGAGACCCAAAUAGUCACACACACAGACAGACAGACACACAGAACCACCGCAAACCAGAGUGUCUCGGCCAGCGGCUUUCUUCAGCGGACGGGCGCACGCAGCUCAUGUCGCAUCCCGGGGAGAACUGGCCUGGUAGGAGCCCGUGUCAUCGUCAUCAUCAUCAUCGUCGUCCUGACUGCCUUCAGCUUCCAGGUCUGGACGAAUCCACCACCUAGCACGCGUCGAUCUCUAGAGAGUGAGGCUGGACAUCUCGAGACGGGGUUUGUGUUCUCCCCAAAACCGGAGCCGCGAAGCCGUCCCCGCACAUCAACUCUGUGCGUUACUAUCGCGCCGCCCGGUUGGCUGUGCACGCGGCGCCGUCGAUCACGCGAGUUGGGAAUAUCCGGUCAACUCGAGGGGCGCCAGAUUCACAUCUUGGUGACUUCAUUAUUCGUCCGAUGUUUGUGUUGUUGUUGUUUUGUCCCUCCCCGAUGAAACGCCGCCCAAUCGCCGUUCGCCAGGGGGUCGACGCGGUCCGUUUUUUGUUCGCCGUUGCCACAUCCACGGGGAUCUGAGCCGAGCAAUUCCUCUGAAAGGGAUCGCGGUGCAGCGUUGCGCAGCCCGGCGUGUUGACCUGUCGAUUAAAAUAUAUCCGUACGCUCACGAUAUCGUGCAUACAAAGAUGCUCUCUGCGACGCUCGACUACUUACGAUGCGUGCCGAUUGUGCGCGAUUGUUCCGUCAGGGGGCAAUGGGGCACGCAAUACCCUGGCUCGCUGUCCUUCCCCUGCACCUCCGAUUAGCACGGUUGGCUACGUACGUUCCAAAAGAAGGUCAACACGCACACACACACGUACACACACACGUACGCACACGUACACACACACGUACGCACACGUACACACACAUGUACGUACACACAUACACACACAAGACGGAGUGUACACGACAGGCAACAGAUGAGACGCAAUCCAAAUGAGACGGUGAAUACGCGGGACAAUGAAUCGAUGCUUG